AGCCAGCUUUAAGUUUAAUGCUAGCACAACAAGAAAUACAUUUCUUACUGUGCUUUAGGUUAGACAAAUCCUCCAUAGAAAUUGGAAGUAUUUUUCCAAAGGAAAGAGAUAACUAAAAACAACUAUGAACAGUAACUGUGUGUGUGUGUGUGUGUGUGUGUGUGUGUGUUUGUAGUGCUGGCUUCUUGAAGAGCUCAUAUGAGAGCUACCAAGAUAAUUAGGGGGGCUACAGCUGAUGACUUGCAGGGAGAGGCUGAGAAAGCUAGUUCUGUUCAAUCUUUGGGGCAGUCAGCAACCUGCUGGGAGUACAGAGGAAAUGUCCAGGAUUUGCUCAGAGGUGCAGAGAGAUGAAAUGGGGCAGUGGGCACAAGUUAUGGGAAAUUCUAAUUAGAUACUGGGUAGAAAAUCCUCGCUCUGAGGAUGUGGCAACAAGUUCCUGGCGAGGCUGUGAAUUCUCCAUCCUUGAAGGCAGUGAGAGCUCAAUUGGCAUUCUGGGUUGUGGUACAGUGGGCUCUAGAAGCCCCUUCCGAGCUGUUGUUCCAACAAUUAUGACUCAGCACAAGGUGCAUCAUGAGUUUAAAGUUCUCAGUGCAACAGUUCUCUGCUGGAUGUACGUUCAGUAAAAGUUUUCACAUGUUGACUUCCAAGUGGCACUUCCUAGGUGCCUGGAUGCAGAUUUAUGGAUUUCAGCACUUGAUGUUUUGUGUCAUACCAAAUACUUUGAAAUAGGCAGGUGAUGUGCAGCCCUGUAGAGGACUUGAAUGCCAGGCAUUCUAAGCGCACAUACUGAGCCUACAAGGAUAUUCUUGAAAUCACUAUUCCAGAAUCUGCAAGAGGUCCAAACCAUGAACUACGUUGGACAGUUAGCAGGGCAAGUGUUUGUAACUGUGAAGGAGCUCUAUAAGGGACUAAACCCAGCCACGCUGUCGGGAUGUAUCGAUAUAAUUGUUGUACGUCAGCCAGAUGGGAAUCUUCAGUGUUCUCCAUUCCAUGUACGCUUUGGGAAAAUGGGAGUUCUGCGUUCCAGGGAGAAAGUGGUUGACAUAGAAAUUAAUGGAGAGGCUGUAGAUUUGCACAUGAAGCUAGGAGACAAUGGAGAAGCCUUUUUUGUCCAGGAGAUGGAUAACAAUCAGGAGGUAAUUCCUUAUCAUCUGUCUACGUCCCCCAUCCUGUCUGAGGGAACUGCGUUAAUGGAAGCUCAGCUGAAGAGAAACUCAAUUGACAGGAUAAGAAACCUGGACAGCAGUGUAUCUUCACAAGUACCACCCCAAGCUCAUGGAUCCCAGCCUGGUACUGAAACAUCUCCAGCCUGUAGCUCUGUGAAAAAGAGGAGGAAAAAGAGGAGGAAGUCUACCCACAAAAUAGACAGCUUAAAAAGAGAAGACAUUGGAGAUACAUCAGAAGAUGAAGACAUGUUUCCUAUAGAGAUUAGCUCAGAGGAAGAAAAGGAACAAUUGGACAAUUCAAGGAUUCUUGUUCCAGAUGUGUUUGUUGAUGAAGUAUCUGAUAUAAAGGCUCCUGCUGUUUCUGCUUAUUCUCAGUCUUCAUCUUACCCUCGUUCGGAUGGAGAAUGGUCACCUAUUCAAAGUAAGCCCAUAGAUUACACAGGGCAAUCCUCUCUUCUCACUGUUCCAGCAGAUGGAGGCCUAUCUAACUCUUGUCCUCAUCAGUCUUCUCACUUUUCUCCUCCAGACAGCCUGUCAGGCUCACGUCCUCCUACUCCUCAAAGUGAUUCAGAAUUAGUCAGUAAACCUACAGACAGGAGUGGACUAAAGAAUCCACACAUGCACUGGGCAUGGGGAGAGCUACCACAGGCUACAAAGGCAAGUUCCUUGAUCAAAGCUAAGGAACCCAACACAGUAGAUGUAAAUCCUUCAGAAAGCACUCACUUUCGGGUCAUCCAGAGUGCUCCUAUAGAGGAGUUUAAUGGCGUGUCUCCUCUACCUGCCCUUGGACAGACAGAUGCAGCAACUGCUGAUGAAACUGAGCCCUUGCCAGCUGAGACAAAUAAGCCAGAGACAGAAUCUGCAGGAGCAGCUGUACCAUCAUUGCCUGCCAAUGAGGAAAUAAAACAAGCUGCUGCUUGCUCAGCCCAGGCAGUUGGCAAGACAGAUUCCCCUUCCAGAAAGAAAGACAAACGAAGCCGGCAUCUUGGUGCUGAUGGCGUCUAUUUAGAUGACCUUACUGACAUGGAUCCAGAAGUUGCUGCACUUUAUUUCCCCAAAAAUGGGGAUAAUGUACAAAACAGAAACACAAAUGACAUAGGGCCACGGUCUGCCACUCAUUCUCCACAGUCUUUUGGGAGCUCAGGCGCUGACAGUGGUGUUGAAAGCACCUCAGAUGGAACCAGAGAUUUGCCUUCGAUUGCCAUCUCUCUCUGUGGAGGCCUCACGGACAACAAAGAGAUAACCAAAGAAGAAUUCUUAGAACAUGCAGUAACGUAUCAACAGUUUGUGGACAAUCCUGCUAUCAUUGAUGACCCUAACCUUGUGGUUAAGAUUGGAAAUAAGUACUACAACUGGACAACAGCUGGUCCCCUUCUGCUGGCAAUGCAGGCAUUCCAGAAACCUUUGCCAAAGGCCACUGUGGAAUCUAUAAUGAGAGACAAGAUGCCCAAAAAAGGUGGAAGAUGGUGGUUCUCCUGGAGAGGGAGAAACAGCACUAUUAAAGAGGAAACAAAGGCAGAACAAGGUAUGAGUGGGAGUAGACUUAAAGGAGAAGACUCUUCACAGAUGACCAUGGCAAACAGGAAGUUCAGGAGCCUAUCACUUCCCAGGCUUAUUUUCACACGCAAUAGAAUAAAAGAUGAAUCUUCUUCGAGCGAUGAAGACCCUAGAGCUGCCAAACAAAACCUUGGGUCAUUACAAGCCAACUCGAGUCAUCUCUCAUUAUUGUCUGGAGUCAGUUACAAAAAAACACUUCGACUAACUUCUGACCAGCUUAAAAGCUUAAAGCUGAAGAAUGGUCCCAAUGAUGUGACUUUCAGUGUUACAACGCAAUAUCAAGGUACUUGCCGCUGUGAAGGCACCAUUUACCUAUGGAAUUGGGAUGAUAAGGUUAUUAUUUCUGAUAUCGAUGGAACAAUUACACGGUCAGAUACUUUAGGUCAUAUUUUGCCUACUCUCGGCAAAGACUGGACACACCAAGGGAUUGCAAAGUUGUACCAUAAAGUGAGCCAAAAUGGAUAUAAGUUUUUGUAUUGCUCAGCACGUGCUAUUGGAAUGGCAGACAUGACCAGAGGAUACUUGCACUGGGUCAAUGAACGUGGAACUGUGCUGCCACAGGGGCCAGUGUUGCUGAGUCCAAGCAGCUUAUUUUCAGCUUUGCACAGGGAAGUGAUAGAGAAAAAGCCAGAAAAAUUCAAAGUUCAGUGUUUGACAGACAUAAAAAAUUUGUUUUAUCCUAACACAGAACCCUUUUAUGCUGCUUUUGGAAACAGACCCGCUGAUGUUUAUUCAUACAAACAAGUGGGUGUUUCUUUAAACCGAAUAUUUACCGUCAACCCCAAAGGAGAACUUAUACAAGAACAUGCAAAGACAAAUAUCUCAUCCUAUGUCAGACUGUGUGAAGUGGUAGACCAUAUUUUCCCUUUGCUGAAAAGAAGCCAUUCUUCAGAUUUCCCUUGUUCUGAUACCUACAGUCAGUUUACCUACUGGAGAGAACCUCUGCCACCUUUUGAAACUCAGGAUGUACAUCCAGAUUCAUCUUAACUGCAUCUCCUAACUGUCAGCCUCAGAUCAAAGAAAGCAUUAGCUCACAUUGCAAGAACAUCAUUUGGCUUUUGCUGUUGACAGUUCAGCUGGAAUUUGUGAUGUUGUAUUCAUUUGCAGUAAGCAAACUUAGAAAUGCUUCUUCAUACUUAGUCACAUUUCCAGAUGACAAGAGUGAGCUGUACCAGGAAUGGGAGUUACAUCCCUCACUCUUCACUCAGCAACUCAAAUCGUGCCAUACAGUUUCAUUACUUAAAUAAAAGUGCAAUGAUGAUGGAGUUGCAGUUAGAUCUGUCAUAAGAUCAUUAAGUGGUUCUAUAGCUUUUGUGUAUCACUGAAAUUGUCUUUCAUCUCAUCAGACACCACUGUGAGUUAGGGAGUUGAAGGUACUUGCCAGUCCUGAAGUCAUUUUGUGAUACAUGUUGCAGUCUGCUUGCCAGAUUCCAUCCUCUGAAAGAGCAAAUGACUGAGCAGGGGGAUUGGACCAGAUGGCUUCUGGAGGAACCUGAAAUAAUUACUAAACUAGGUCCUCAGCUGUUGUAAACUGGUGUAGCCAUCAAUGCCAGUGGAGCUGUGUUCAUUUAUUCCAGCCUACUGUUUCGAUCUGAUAACACUUUUCUGUGUGGAAAUAAAUGAUGUGCAGUAUAAAUGGGAAGUAAAAUAAAUAAGAUGACCUGAUCCUGCUAGUCUUCAUAUUGAGUACUGCACUUCAGGAAAAGCUAUUUGGAUUAAGAUAAGUGUGAUGGUAUAAGAUGCAGGCUGCUGUGUGUAGUGCCCAUCUUACUGAAGUCAGUGGUUUGGCUUCAGUGAUUUUGUUUUUUCCUCAGUAAAGACAUCUUGCUCAACAUAUGUGCUGAGUUUCAAGAAAUUGCUGAGCCAAGAGAACUGAGGAUUUUGUCAAAAUGGAAUAGUUGUAUUUGAAACAUUAUUUUUGGUUAAAAUGUGAACAUUGAUGCUGGUGAGUGAUGCAUCUCAGGUUUUUACUGUAUGGAUUAUUUUUUUUUUGUUCGUUUUUGUAUCAUAAAGAAUAGAUACUUUUAGUGCCAUUUACUUUGCUCCAUGAGAUUGAAAUCUCCUCUUCCAUCUUUUUUUCCACUCAUUUGUUCAGACACGAUCUGUAUGUACUGUUUUUGCCACUUGCUCUUAACUGCCUUAAGAUUUAACUAUGUGUGAUAGAAGCAAUACUGCAGAUCAGUUGAUGGUGUUUUCCAAAUGAUCUGCCUUUAAAGCAAAGUACCACAAUGUAUAAAGUGUACACAUCAAAUGACUACAUGCCAAAUACUUCUUCAGUUGAGCUUGUAGCUAAGAAAGUGAUGUUUUUUUCCUCUUUGGAAGUACAUGUGAAAAUCUAAUUGUUCUCUGAAACACUAAAAAUGACAUCAUGGGAUUCCGUGUAUGUAGGAUUUCGGUAUGGCUGAAACAGUGGUUUGUAAGCUGUGGACUCUGCCAGCUUGUGAUCUGUGAGGCUGUGGUACACGUUUUGCAGCUGUUUUGCAGUGUUUUUAAUUAAGAGUUUAAGCAGAAUGGUCUAGGAGACAUUUUAAGAUGUGUUUGCGGUUGGUUAGCACCCAAAGGUUUGGGAACAGCUGUUCUGUAUCACGUUUGUUCUCUUUCAACAAAUUCUGCUUUUGCAUGUCAAAAGAGUGAUAACAACAUAGUUAGGAUGGUAAUUCUAUAAAUGAGGCUUUCUAACUUUUAGUGCUGCAGACUUUAUCUGAGAUGUCAGGGGGCCAAUUUACGAUUUUCCUGUGCCUUCAGUAGUAAUUACGAAGUGCAGCCCUUUGCACAGCUGCAGUGUGCACAGCUGCAGUGUGCAGUGGUGAGCCCUCCGUCUUCCUUUUCACGUGAACGUUGCUGGUUCAGUGCACGACCACUUUAGAGAUAGGAAUUAAUAGACACACACAAAGAGGAAGAAACGUGUGUUCAAUAACCCAGACUGAUUAUGCUCUCCUUGCAAAUUUAAUGAAAAUGCAAAUUGACUGUCAGAAAACCUGUAUCACAUUUCUCAGACCUUUAAGACAAUCAGUGAAGAUCUCAGCUUACCAAACUGAGGUGGUUGCAUCUCUAAAUAUAGCUAUGCUUUCUUUCAAGUAUCUGUUUAUAGUUGUCACUAACGAUUGAAUGAAUGGGUGAAUACACUGAUUCCUGUUUAAUUCAGUUUUGGCAAAGGUCUGUUUCAAGUCAUUUGUGAUGCAAAAUUAAAUCAAACCAACCCUUCUCUUCAGUAAGAAGCUGUCAGUUUUUUAUUCUUUAUUCACACACAGCAACUUCCACCAUAAGAAAAAUUCCCAGAGCAUGCUGCAACUGAAGCCUGUGUGGUUUUUAUUUAUGACUUAAACAAUCCCAGAUAACUUAUUUUUUUAUUGCAUUGGAGUGUAUUUCAGCCCAAAUGGUGGUGUGAACAAGUGGUCAUUUUAAUUCUAUCACAUUCUUAGGCAUAGAGCCACACUGGUACAGGUAGACCUGAGAUGCUGUGAAAUCCCACCUGGAGUUUUUCAGGACUUGGUUAAGAGGGCUGGGUCUGACUUGAUCCUCACAUUGCCGAGCAUCUGCUGCAAGCAUGAAGUUGGACUAGAUGACCUCCAGGGGUCCCUUCUGACCAACAUUUCUAUGGUUCUGUGAAGUUAACGCCUUAUGUAAGACAUACCGUAUAUCCCCCUUUGUAUCUGAAAGUUUAAAUAUAGCUGGAGAGCAAAAGAAAUGUGUGUUUAUAUUUAUAACUUGUGCUUAUCAAAAUUGCUGACACAAAAGAUAGUUAAGAAAAUCCAAGUUUUGGCCUGUUAGAAACAUUGCCAAACUUUUGAAGAGAGAAUAAGAUAUUUUGGUUUGGUAGCCGAGCAAUUUUAUGCGUAAUAUUUAAACUGCUUUGUUAAUUCAUACAGAAGAAAAAAGGAUGGUUUAACAAAUUCCUACUCUUUCUGUGAAAGAAAAAAAAGAGAACAACUUUCCUUUCACUGUAAUGCUGGUUUCUGUUACAGAAAGAAUAUCUGGCGAACAUAAAUAUGCAGGCACGUGAAAUCGCUGUAUGUUCUAUUUAUACAAUACACAUAAACUGGAACGUGCAGCAGUGAGGAGUGGUUGAUGUUUGUUUUUCAUGGGGCUGAUGACCAUACCACUCCAGCUGUGUCAUUUGAGGGACAGAAUACCACGCUUGGUGCAUUAGCUGUGUUAAAGAUAAAAUGUUACUGCUGUAAUAUAGGGUGAGAGGAAGAGGGUACUGGGUAUUUUUAUUUGUAGAUAUGGGUUAUUAUUUCACGGCCUAUUUAUAUACAGUAUUUAUUCUGUAUAUGUAUGUGCUACUGCAAUGACGAAAACCGUUUUAACACCUCAUUUUGAUCUGCUGAAUGCAACAAUGAUAGAACUAUAUAUUGUAAUAAAGGCAAAUACAAAAAUUCUGA